AUGCAAGACGUUAUCAGCGGCAAGUACCGUCUCUCCAAGACGGAGAACUUUGAUGCAUUCCUCUCCGAGAUUGGCUUGGGCUACAUCAAGCGCAUGCUCGCGCAGUCCACCAGCCCCGAAAUCACCAUUACCCGCGACGGCGACCGCUGGACCAUGGUGACGUCGUCGGCGCUCAGCACGUCGCAGAUUGAGUUUGCGCUCGGCGAGGAGUUUCCCGAGGCGCGCCAGGACGGCGUCUCCGUCACCAGCUGCGUCGCGGCCGACGGCAACACCUGGACGCAGACGCAGAAGCCCGGCGACGGGAGAGAUGUCACCAUUGUGCGCGAGUUUGGCGAAAAGGAGCUCAGGGUCACGUCGACGAUUGGCAGCGUGACGGCGAACCGUGUGUACGAGCGCAUCUAG